CCCAGGGACGCCGGAGAUCAGCAAAACCCACUGUUCCCACGGCUAUAAUCUACUCUAUCAAGCCGAAUACCCCAGUAACUGAACUGCAUUUCUCGUCAGUUUGAAGCAGCAAAGUCACCGCCCUCUCCCGCUUUUACUCCCCAACGAAGUUUUAGCCCAACAUGAACGGAAUGCCCGGCAUGAUGCAACCGCAAAUUAUCCUUUUGAAGGAAGGUACGGACACGUCCCAAGGUAAAGGACAACUGGUGUCCAACAUCAACGCGUGCAUAGCCAUUGCCGAGACGAUCCGAACCACCCUGGGACCCAGGGGUAUGGAUAAGCUGAUUGUCGAGAACAACGGCAAUGUAACAAUCUCCAACGACGGAGCAACGAUCAUGAGGCUGCUGGAUGUCGUGCACCCCGCUGGCAAAGCUCUUGUCGACAUCAGCAGGGCACAGGAUGCGGAGGUUGGAGACGGAACGACGAGUGUGACGCUGUUUGCUGCCGAGCUGCUCAAGGAGGUCAAGUCGUACAUUGAGGAAGGAGUGGCGCCUCAGGUCAUCAUUAAGGGAUUCCGGAGAGCGUCUGUUUUGGCUGUGAACAAGACCAAAGAGUUGGCCUUCACCGUCGAGCGUUCAAAUGAGAAGGAUUUCCGUGGCCUCCUGGAAAAGUGCGCCGCCACGUCCAUGUCUUCCAAGCUGAUCCACUCGCAAAAGGGUUUCUUCACCAAGAUGGUCGUUGACGCCGUCCUGCAUCUGGACCAGGAGGACCUGAACGAGCGCAUGAUUGGUAUCAAGAAGGUUCCCGGAGGUGCCAUGCAAGAGUCCCUUUUGAUCGACGGUGUGGCUUUCAAGAAGACCUUCUCAUACGCUGGAUUCGAGCAACAACCGAAAUCCUUCGAAAACCCCAGGAUUCUCUCGUUGAACGUGGAGCUAGAGUUGAAAGCGGAGAAGGACAAUGCGGAAGUGAGGAUAGAAGAAGUCAAGGAAUACCAAGCGAUCGUCGACGCGGAAUGGUCCAUCAUCUACGACAAGUUGGAAAAGAUUGUUGCGACAGGCGCCAAGGUGGUCCUCUCCAAGCUUCCAAUCGGAGACUUGGCGACGCAAUACUUUGCCGACCGAGACAUCUUCUGCGCAGGUCGUGUGGCGAACGAUGAUUUGAUGCGCACCGUCAAGGCCGUUGGAGGAACAGUCCAAACGUCUGUCAACGACAUCAAACCUGAGCACCUUGGUACAUGCGCGACCUUCGAGGAGAGGCAGAUUGGAGGCGAGAGAUACAACUUGUUCCGGGGAUGCACAGCGGCAAGGACUUGCACGCUGGUGCUUCGUGGAGGAGCCGAUCAGUUCAUUGCUGAAGUGGAGAGGAGUCUGCACGAUGCCAUCAUGAUUGUGAGGAGAGCGAUCAAGAACAAGGCUAUCGUUGCUGGAGGUGGUGCUACCGAGAUGGAGCUUUCCAAGUACCUGCGCGAGUACUCCCGCACCAUCGAAGGAAAGCAGCAAAUGGUGAUUGCCGCCUUUGCCAAGGCUCUGGAGGUCAUCCCUCGUCAGUUGGCCGACAAUGCGGGUUUCGACGCCACGGACAUCCUCAACAAGCUUCGUCAGAAGCACGCUCAGGGUGGCACAUGGUUCGGGGUCGACAUGGAGACGGAAGACAUCGCCGACAACUUUGAAGGGUUCGUGUGGGAGCCCGCAUUGGUCAAGACCAACAUGCUCUCCGCCGCGACCGAGGCGGCGUGCCUCAUCCUCUCCGUUGACGAGACGGUCAAGAACCCGCAGAGCGAGCAGCCUGGACAGCAACCUGUCCGCGGCGGAGGUCGUGGUGGGCGGGGCAGGGGUAUGCCUAGGCGCUAGUAGAUGAUUGCAAUUCUCGACAAAGGACUGUAAGGGUGGUCAAAACUGGGGACCAGGUCGUAUGCGCUGGGUUACUGGCAGGUUUGAGCAGGAACGGCUUUGAGUUGGUUAUCUGUUUUCUUUGUAUCAUUAUUAGCCAAAAGCCUUUGGUCUUUUGUGAUGAUGUGGUGUGUUUUGUGAUGGGGGAUGUAAAAAUGUAUAAAUGUUAACGAUAAUGUACCGAUGCAUUUUGAGCGACGUUGAAUGGCG